AUGACGAGUACAAAUCAUAGCAGGAGCAGGGGAAGAUUAAAUCGUGAUGCGCCUAUUGUUCAUUAUAAUGGACAGAAUCAGACCUUGGAAUCAUUGACAGCCGAGAAAUUGGUUUGGAUUAGGACUGAACCAGCGAAUGCAGGCUUCUUUUUGAAGAAGAAUCCUUUAAUUGACUAUCACGAUUCUAUUGUUUUGAGAAAACCACUCCGGCUGAGCAAUAUUGACAGUAAGUCCGUAACUGAAUCUUCAGCAGCCCGCCGGUUACUUCGCUGUAUUGUAACAGUGGAUGAUCACACGUAUUUUACUUCCUACGUUCAGAGCAGCAGGAGCGGAAAGAAUAGUUCCGUUACAGAGUUCGACGAAACGUUCCUAAUUGACAUAGAACAUCCAACCACAAUGACAGUAGGCCUUUAUUAUGCUCACAACAAAGGAUUACUACGUCGAAAACAGAGCUGCGCGAACUUAUCAAGUCCUCAGAUACCAUGGCAACCACAACGACAACAAGCGGAUGUAUGCUUGGGUUACGCCACGAUAGAUAUUGAUCUAAAGGCAAGAGCAAAAUCGGCGGAACGCCUUUUAUUAGAUAAUCAUAACGAGGUAGACGAGAGUAGCAGCAGCAACAACUGCCAGCAAUUAUUAGUGGUGCAUGGUAUUUACCUCAGUCAAAGAAUACAGGAUUAUCUUCACAAUAGUGUGUUGCACAGCGAUUAUAUCACGAUACAAGUCAGACAUGGA